UCCAGAUACCGCUGCUGAAAUACCUUAUACUAAUAUCCUGAUCACUCUUAAAAUGCUAAGUUCCAAGAAGUGUUUGGGUGUUGCAACUUUCCUCUUAAUCAUAUGUGAAGUUCGAGGGGCUUUGGGCACCAAUAAUGUAACCAGCGUCCAGGAGAACCGUCAUGCACGCGUCCUUCCAUGCCCGAUCCCUGAAGACAUUCUCCCAUGCACGUGCUCUGUAGACGUCGACGGAGCAAUAGACAUGGACUGUUCACACGUCGCGAGCGAAGAACAACUAGCCAGGGUGUUCAGCGCGACCAUCCCGUUUCCCAAUUUCCGGAGACUCGUCAUUUCGCAGAAUACCCACUUAAAGUCCCUACAGCGAGGCGCCUUAGGCGAGACAUCGUUCAGGGAAAUCUUCGUCAUAGGGAGUGUCCUGCAGGAAGUCCAAGAAGGGGCCCUGAGCAACAGCUACACUACUCUGACUGACAUCCGCAUCUACUCCAACAACCUGUCUGAAUUUCCCUUCCAAGAACUGCCCCUUUUCACCGCUCUGCUCCGCCUGGACUUGAAUCACAACAACCUCUAUAACUUCCCGUUUCUGAACUCGGAUGUUCUGACCUACAUCGACUUGGGAUUCAACCACAUCAGCGAACUUCCGAGCGAGGGCUUCAGGAACCUCUCGCAGCUGGCCGAGGUUCACCUGCCCGGAAACAGGAUCCAGGAGAUUCAUACAGGCACCUUCGCAGGGUACGCGAGACUGGCCUUCGUGUCUCUCGGCGACAAUCAGCUGACCCACGUUUUCCCCGGGGCGAUCCAGCUGACCUCGACCCAGCACAACGUCGUCUAUCUCCACGACAACUUCUUAACCUCGUUGGACGUCAAUGCCAUUGCAGGUGUUGUUGAGGGGUUCGUGUCGCUGCACAAUAACACUAUAACGACGCUGAAUGAGGAAUCUUUACGACCCCUUUUGGAGGAGAAUGUGCAGGUCGAUCUUUCAGCAAAUCCUCUGACCUGCGGUUGUGAUGUGGCCUGGAUUGUGACCGACGACACGAUACUGGACCUCAUUGACGAUGACGCAACCUGUUUUAGCGGCGAGCUUUUGGUGGAACUCGAUCCUAAUAUAUACAUUGAUUUGUGUUAAAUCCGUUGAUUUUUUUUUGUCUUUUUUUCUUCUUCGUUGAUGAUUUAGACUUUUUUUUUUUUUUUUUGGGGGGGGGGGGUCCCCUAUACCGGGGUUUUAUUUUGUUUUGUCUUCUACUCGCUUCUCUUUUGUAUAUUUGGUUGGUUCUCAGUUUUCUCAUUCUCCGCCUUCUUCUUCUCCUUCAUCCUUUUCUUCUUCUUCUUCAUUCUCUUCUUCAUCGGCUUUGUCAGCCUACUCCUCUUCCUUAUUUUCCUCUGGCUCUGUCUCAUAAUUAUCCAUGUAUAUUAUGUUCUUCCUCUUCCUCUCGCGUCUCCUCCUCCUCGCCCCCCACCUCCCUCCACUAUCUCCCCCUCCUGUAUUCUACAUUUAUCCCAACUCCACAGUUAUUUGUCUGUUCAUUGUUAACUUUACUGCAGUUACAAUAUAUUUCAAGACAACAGCAUCUUCCCUAAGCCACUUAAUUAUCACGCGUGGUUAUGAAAGAUUGUGUGUAAGGCUA